CCUAACAUUGUUGUCAUCCAGAUUCGAGACAGGAAAAGUCAUGAUCAUGGGAAAUCUUUACAUUUCUGAACACUAACAAAUUCGUAUUUCACAACUGUAAUGAUCACAUGGCUAAAUGGAAUCCCGUGCAUUUUCUAACAUGGUGUUUCUGUCUGACAUCACAUGACACAGAAAAAAGCAGGAAACGAUUAUGUUUAGUUUCAGCGGUCAGUGUACAGUAAAGGAUGCUGUGAAUGAACAAUGACACACGUGUUUUAGGUGUAUUCGAAUUUAAAAACGUAGUAGGCUAAAUGGAGGAUGAAGAAAUAUGCAUCUCCAGAUGUUGUUCGGACUGGAUGUCCGAGAUGACCGCGGGUUUUUGGGACAUCCCGCUGUGGAAUCUCGCUAUACCCGGAAGUCACGACACCAUGACUUACUGUUUAGAUCAGCAGUCCUCUGUGCUGAAGUCUGAGCCGAAGGUGCUGCAACUGUUAGCCGCUUUAUUUCCCUGUAUCGUUCGGCCCUGUAUAAUCAAAUGGUCAACAACACAGGAGGACAGCAUCUCUAACCAGCUGGAUUUAGGCAUUCGGUUUCUUGAUCUCAGAAUAGCUCAUAAGAUAAAAGACCCUGAUGAAGUUUUCUACUUUGCACAUGGGAUCUACUCUCUUCUGACAGUGAAGGAAGUGCUCACAGAAGUUUCUCACUGGUUAGACCAGCACAUCAAGGAAGUGGUCAUCAUUGCACUUUCUGCCUUUGAUGGAAUGAACCUGGAUCGACACAGAGACCUCAUUCAGUUCCUCAUAAGCACUUUUAACAAUAAAAUUUGUCCCAAUCAUGUGACACCCUCACUGCAAGAGUGUUGGAAACACAGUUAUCAGGUUAUUCUGUCAUAUGAUGACUCAGCUGCAUCUGGACAUGAGGAACUGUGGCCCCGGUGUGAAUAUUGGUGGGCAAACACAUCAGAUCCAAACCAUGUCAUAUCCUACCUGGAGGAGAGGAAAGAGGAAGGGAGACCAGAUAGGUUUUUUGCUGCUGGUCUGAACCUAACCGAGGAUGCCAAGUAUAUACUUUGUCAUCCAUGCCAGUCAUUGCAAAGCAUGACCCUGAGCUCCUAUAGUCUGCUUUUGAACUGGGUCAAGCAGCAGCGUCCAGGCUCGGACAAAACAUGUUUGAACAUCAUCUGUGCAGAUUUUGUGGGGGUUUUCAGUAAUGAAUUCACCCAGCUGGUUAUUGGACUCAAUCAAAGACUCUUAAAAGAGACUUGAUCUAUAAAUAUGCCACAUAUUAUGUUACAUAAAAAACUGUGUAUUUCAUAAAAUGUAGCAUCUUUAUUACAGUUUAUCUUGCACAUUCUUGAUACAUUUUAAUGCAAGCGUUGUUAUUUUUAAUGUUUGCAUGCCAAUAAUUUACCAGUCUUUUAUGACGGUCCCUAAACUGUGAAGGGAAAAAAAUGUUUUGUGCAUUGCUGCCAUCUAGAGGUAAUCCAUAUAGGUUCUUGUUUGUAUUGGAGAUUUUGUUACUUGCAAUUUCAUUGUUACAUCAAGCUUUAAAAAUGUCAAAGAACUAAA